UAGCUUCCAAACAAAUAAGCCCUAGGUUUUCUCCGAGAAAGAAAACAAGGGCUUAGUUAAGCUAUGGAGGCUCACCCAAACACUACUGUCAUGCCGUCCUGGUCUCGUAUCUGCUUCCUUCUUGGUUUCUUUCUUCUCUUCUCCCAUAUCAAAGCUGAAGUUCACUACCAUGACUUCGUUGUCCAAGCAAAGCCAGUGAAGAGGCUGUGCAAGACCCACAACAUCAUUACGGUGAAUGGGCAAUUCCCAGGGCCAACUCUGGAGGUCAAAAACGGCGACACCCUCGUGAUUAGUGUCGUGAACCGGGCCAGAUACAAUGUCACACUUCACUGGCAUGGAGUUCGGCAAAUGAGAACGGCAUGGGCUGAUGGACCGGAGAUGGUGACUCAGUGUCCGAUAAGGCCUGGAGGGAGCUACACGUACCGGUUUACGGUCGAGGGCCAAGAGGGGACGUUGUGGUGGCAUGCACACAGCUCCUGGCUCAGGGCCACUGUGUAUGGAGCUCUCAUCAUCCACCCCAAGGAGCACACCUCCUAUCCAUUCGCCAAGCCCAAAAGAGAGAUCCCCAUCCUUCUUGGAGAGUGGUGGGAUGCAAAUCCAAUUGAUGUUGUGAGAAAGGCAACACGGACAGGAGCAGCUCCGAACACCUCUGACGCUUUCACCAUCAAUGGCCAGCCCGGCGAUCUCUACAACUGUUCCAGCGAAGGCACAACGGUAAUUUCGGUGGCCGCCGGUGAGGCCAACCUCCUCCGGAUCAUCAACGCAGCGCUAAACACCGAGCUCUUCUUCACCAUUGCCGGCCACAAGAUGACCGUCGUCGGAGCCGACGCCUCCUACACCAAGCCCUUCACCACCUCGGUGCUCAUGCUGGGCCCAGGCCAGACCACCGAUGUCCUUGUGACAAUGGACCAGCCGCCGUCCCGGUACUACAUGGCCGCCCGAGCCUACGCCAGCGCCCAGGGCGUCCCCUUCGACAACACCACCACCACCGCCAUCCUCGAUUACGACUGCGGCUGCUCUGCAGCGAAGCCUCGACAAGGCAUCACCCAACCGGCAUUCCCGAUCCUCCCGGCCUACAACGACACCGCCACGGCCGCCGCCUUUUCUACCGGCCUGAAAAGCCUGAAAAAGGUUGACAUCCCUGGCCGAGUAGAUGAGAACCUCUUCUUCACCGUGGGCCUGGGGCUGUUCAACUGCCGUCCGGGGAAGAGAUGCGGCGGGCCAAACGGUACUCGCUUUGGGGCGAGCAUGAACAAUUUCUCCUUCGUCUUGCCAGCCAACUUCUCCAUCCUCCAGGCUCACCACCACCGCAUGCCCGGCGUGUUCACCGCCGACUUCCCGGCCCAGCCGCCGGUGCAGUUCGACUACACGGCGGCCAACGUUAGCCGUUCCCUGUGGCAGCCCGUUGCAGCAACGAAGGUGUACAAGUUGAAGUACGGAUCUGUGGUGCAGCUGGUGCUCCAGGGCACCAACAUAUUUGCUGCUGAGAACCAUCCAAUCCACCUCCACGGCUAUGAUUUCUACAUCCUCGCCCAGGGGUUCGGGAACUUCAACGCUGCAAAGGACGCUGCCAAGUUCAACCUCGUCGACCCGCCGAUGAGGAACACCGUCGGGGUGCCAGUGAACGGCUGGGCUGUCAUCCGGUUCGUGGCGGACAAUCCAGGGGUCUGGCUCAUGCACUGCCAUUUGGAUGUUCAUAUUACCUGGGGCUUGGCCAUGGCUUUCCUGGUGGAAGAUGGACUCGGAGUGUUGCAGUCCCUGGAGCCUCCUCCAGCUGACCUCCCCAUCUGCUGAACAAAUUUUGAAAGCCUAAAGCAACAUCCAUCCAUAAUGGAAGCUCAGCAGUCGGGGGAAUGUAGUUUUUCCAUUAUUCUGUUUCUUUUUUAAAAUUAUUGUUUUCCGUUUUUUUCCCCUA